AAUCUUCCUAAGUCAACGGAUGUGGGAGUGGCAGAGCGUCACAGUUGGAGGUUUUGCUAAAAACCUACCACUUUUAUGACACUCUAAUGCAGUGUUGGAUCAGGACCAGGCCGCUCAUGCAUGAUAAGUGCCCCAGCCUGAAUUCCUUUAUGUGCAAAUAUUCACCUAUGUGUUAUAGCGCCCCCUACUGGCCACAGGAAGUCACUUCUUAUUUUCUCAGUUUCAGCCUAGGCCUCAUAAACAGCAGCACAGCAACACCUGCAGCACUUAAGGCUGUGGCGUACAUUACGCGGUGCUUGUACGAGGGCCUGCACAUAUCCGCUUGCGGUUUUAAUUCCAAUUGUGUUGCACUCUCCAGUCCAGGAGAUAGCGGUACUGCACCAGAAGAAGAAGGAGCUCAUUCACAAUCAUACAGCCUCAUGUUCACAACUAACCAUCGCACAGGGGGUGGCGGUAGUGCGCCUUUAGGCUGUUAUUCCAUCCUCAUUUGAAACCACGAAGAAGAAGCUAGCACAACAGCAAUAUUAACCUGCAUGUAAUGGUAAUGAUGCGAAGAAUAGUGAUUAAAAAUGGACAAAAAGAAGAAACCUUUCUCCGUGACUGCUUCCUCGCUUGUGGACCUUAAGGCUGAGCUUUAUAGAAAGCAGGAGCAAUUCAAACAGGAUAGACUUGGACAAGAAUCUUCCAGUGCUGGAUUUACUUCACAAUCCAAAGCGAAGAAACCAAAUGUUUGGAGCAAGCAAAAUGCGGGUGUUUCAGCAAGAGCUGAGAAAGAUGCAGAGCAGCUGGCUGAGGAGCAGAACAGCCUCGAGACAGCCAGACGCAAGUUGGAGGAGAAGGCCAAACUCUAUGAACAAAUGACGAAAGGAGACUUCCCAGAUGAAGAGACAGAAGGACUGUACCUGGUUGAUUUCACCCAGAAGAUAAUUGACAAGAAGAAAGAAACACUUGCAGAGCGAGAUAAUGAAGAUAGACGCAACUUGUCUCCUAUCCCUCCUCCUGAAAACCCAGAUGAGGAAUGGGUUGAUUACGUGGAUUCUCUGGGAAGAUCUCGAAGAUGUAUGAAGAAAGAUCUUCCAAGUUUUAAGAGAUUGGACCAUGACCUCACAGGAAAAGGAAAAGCCUCUGACGACAAGACGUUACUCUCAGAGGACAUGCGUCGAGAGCUGCAGAGGCAGGAGUGGGAGAGGGAGGAAGAGGAGGCUAUGAAGAGGCCUGUCGGUCCGAUCCACUAUGAGGACAUGAGGGGACAAGAGGCUCGGGAGCUUGGUGUGGGUUACUUUUCAUUUGCUCAGGAUGAAGAGCAGCGCAGAAAGCAGAGGGAGACUCUGGACAUGCUCAGAGACCAGACAACAGAGCAGCGCAGCAAGAGGGAACAACUGAAGGACAAGAGGAAGGCCAUCUUACAGGCCAGACUGUCCAAAGUGAGGCAGAGGAAAAUGAAGAAGGCCAAGCUGGAUGGUACUGAGGAUGAGCAGAGAGAGGAAGAGAAGGAGGGAGGAGAAGAGGAGGAGGAUGAACUGAUCGGACCCUCUCCUCCACCAGAGGACAUCCCUGAGGUCAGCUUAUUGAAGAAAGUGGAAGUGGAGAUCCAGGAAAGGAAGGACACCAAACCAGGAGUUCCUCAUGUCAGAGAAUGGGAUAGAGGAAAAGAGUUUAUGUUCAGUGAGUGGAAAACCCGGCUUCGUGACGAGCGUGAUUCAGAAUUUGCCCCUCCUUCUGCUUACUUUGCUGAGCGGAUGAGGCAAAAUCCAGAGAGGAGUAAAACUCAUGAAAAUAAGCCAAAGAUGUCCUUCAAGUGGACCAAGGACCCAGGAGAAGUCUCUGAGAAGAAGGAAAAGCCACAGUCUCAGCCUAAGACUGCUCCCCCACCUCCUCAGCCUCCUCAGCCUCCUCAGCCUCUUCAGCCUCUUCAGCCUCCUCAGCCUCUUCAGCCUCCUCAGCCUCUUCAGCCUCCUCAGCCUCCUCAGCCUCCUCAGCCUCCUCAGCCUCAACAACAUCCUGUGACUGCUUCACAACCACAGACUUCAUGCCAGUCAUCACCUUUAGAUCAGCCACCAUAUUCAGCUCCUGUGUCUGCUCCUUCUUUUAAUAAUACACAGCUUCCCCCUCCUAUGUUCUAUCCUCCUUUUCCUCCUCAGUUUACUGGACCACCUCCUAUGCUUCCUCCAUUUUUUUCACCGUAUCCAAACCAGUAUCCACCCCAUUAUCCCCCCCAGUAUCCACCUCAGCCACAGAGCAAUUCUCAGCCGCCGCCGCCUGGCCUGCCUGCAGAUGUCACUCAAUCCCAGCAGCCUGCACCGACUAUAGACGACAUGUUAUCCUUCUAUAGAAACUCUUCCUGAUCCCUGAAAUCCUGUGCUUGCUGUCAAGUUGUUUUUCUGUUUAAACCCUGCUGAGGAAGGGACAGCAACAACAGAACACAAUGUCUCAACUUGAAGUUUUAGCUUCUUAAUAAAUGACAGGUUUGACAACGA